UAAAAAUGUAAUUGCUAAAAACACAAAAAUUGCGGGAAAUGGACAAGUUUAUUUCAAACGUAGAUUGUCAGAAAUGGCUAAAUGUUUAUAGAUUGUAUGGGACUGGAUUUAAAAUGAAAAUGGCGAAAAUGAAGUCAGAGAAAGGGAAGGAACUUAAAGUAUUAGACUCAUGGUUUCAAAAUGAAUUACCAGCAGCUAUCCAAGAAAGGAAUGAAAAGUAUGUAACAAAAAUGGAGUUAUGUGAACUAAUGAAGUGGAAGCUCUCUAAAGGCAAAUUUCGCCCUCGACUCCAACAGAUGGUCGAAUCCAACUCUGAAGACCUAAUCAUAUCAGCCAGUAAGAAAGCAUUUAAACAUUUGCCAAACUUGAAGAAGGCUAUAGAAGAACUUACAGUUUUAAAAGCAGUUGGUCCUGCAACAGCCUCUGCUGUCCUAACUGCAGGUGCCCCUGACCAAGCAGCCUUCAUGGCAGAUGAGAGUAUGCAGGCAUUGCCAGGUUUAAUGCCCUUACAGUAUACCCUGGGAUUUUACUUACAAUAUAUGGACCAAAUUAAACAAAUAUUAAAAAUUCUUCAAAAAGAGGAUAAAACCUGGACUGCUCAUCAAGUAGAACUGACACUGUGGACUUUCCAGUUCCUGAAGCUAAAUGAUCCACCUCUUCUGAUUGAAGCAAUGGAGGGCUCAUCCAAACGAAAACAAGAAAAUUCUAAUGGAGAUGCCAAGUCAAAUAAAAAACUAAAAUCUUAUAUCUUGUGUGCAUUGAUUGUUUCUGUAAAAAGUAUUUUAAAACUAAAAUGAGCAGGUAAAAGUUUA